AUGGCGGUGAACAUGACCGCUCUUACACCCUCCCUGGCCAACGUCAACAUAUCCAACAUGCUGCUGAUCAGCGGCAUCGUCAUCACCUGCGUUUCCUUCCUGGGAUUUCUGGGAGCUCUGAAAGAAAACCGCUGUCUCCUGCUGACGUUCUUCCUGCUGCUCUUCUUCCUGAUGCUGGUGGAGCUGACUGCAGCGUGCCUGAUGCUCAUGUAUGAGAGUGAGCUCAACAAACUGAUACAAAAGGAUCUCAACAGCAGUUUGAAGAAAGCACAAGACCAGGAGAGAAACUCAACCCUUCAGAGUGUUUGGGACUUUGUUCAGAACACGUUUGAUUGCUGUGGAGUCCACAAUGCCACUGACUGGGGAGAAAAUGUGCCUCAAUCCUGCUGCAUGCACGCAUGUGAAAUCCCCACGCCUCCGUACAAAACCCAGGGUUGUUUGGCCAAGCUCAACAUGUGGUUUGAGAAUAAUUUCCUGAUGACUGGCAUUUCUGUCAUAGUCGUCUGUAUAAUCGAGGUGCUGGGGAUGUGUUUCGCCAUGACGCUCUUCUGUCACAUACGCAGAAGUGGACUGGGCUACAAGUUAUAG